AUGGGCGUAGCGAUUGAUGCGGCGGGAGUGUUGAUGGAGGAACAGGCGCUCAGGCCGAUAUUGAAGGUGCUGAUGACCAGUCCUGUCAGGAGUCGAGUUGUGGCGAAAUGUGUGCCCGUGGAGGGCACGGUGAGCGUGUCUGGAAUCCAAAGGGUGGAUGGAGAAGAAGAUGGAGUGGCGGCCAGGUUGAUGAAGAUGAAUGUUGGGGAGCUCACACCGCCACCGCCGGGUUUUGUAUUUCCCGGGACUGUGUUGGAUAGGAACAGAGGUGAAAGCAAAUAUGAGGAUGAGGUUCCUACCAACCCAGAUUAUUGGACAUGA